AUGCGCGGAGGAGUGCCUUUACUGUCCCCCUUUUUUUUUUGGGAGGAGGGAGCAUUUACUUCCUUUGUCGCGAGAGGUCAACGAAGGAUUUUGUUUUCCCGCAAACUGCACAACAGCUAUGCUCCCAAAGGAUGUGUGAUGCGCCAUGCUCCUCUUAAUUUAUUUAUAUCGUUUUCUUGUAAAGCAGUGACGCCUCGUUGUAUUGUCGCACUUCUCUCUCGUCUAACGCGGGUUGUUCUGCCUUCCCCCCCCCCAAUCUCUCUUUUCUCUCUUACUGUUGCAAUAGCACUUCUCUUUCACUGUGGUUUAUAUCGGCUCGUUGAUCUUCUUCUGUUUUUUCUCUAUCUCUUUCUUUGGCUGUCGCGAACGAAGCGGGGACGCAGGGAGACGAUGCGCCGUGCAAUCCGCCUGCCCUCCUGUUGCUCUUCUCUUUUUCAGUGA